CCGCAGCCUUCGAUCGCGCGUGUAAGUGAACCCUUCACUUCACCCCAUCUCACGCCCUCGACCUGCCGCUCCGACGAGCCGUCCUCGCUCCUGCUUAUCGUCGCUCACACUAGACCUUUUGUACUUUUGGUUGGCCCAGACACUUGGCCAGGCGACAACCCAGUCCCAAGCAAUCGACAUCUGAGUCACAAGUGGACAGCCUGGCCAACGGCCGCGGCGCACCACCACAGCACCAUGAGGUUUUACAGGGCGAUCCUCCUGCCUCUUUUUGCCUUGGCGCAGUUGGCCUUUUGCGCCGAAGACUACUACAAGGUCCUCGGUCUCGACCGGCAAGCCACCGACAGACAGAUCAAGUCCGCCUACAGGCAAUUAAGCAAGAAAUACCACCCCGACAAGAACCCCAAUGACCCGACGGCGCACGAGAAGUUCGUCCAGGUGUCGGAAGCGUACGAGGCGCUCUCCGACGCCGAGUCCCGCCAGAUCUACGACCAGUACGGCCACGAGGGUCUGAAGCAGCGCAAACAGGGCGGCGGCUUCCAGACGCACGAUCCCUUCGACCUGUUCAGCCGCUUCUUCGGCGGCGGCGGCCACUUCGGCAACCAGCCGGGCCAGCGGCGGGGCCACAACGUCGAGGUGAAGGUGGCCAUCGCGCUGCGCGACUUCUACAACGGGAAGACGACCGAGUUCCACUGGGACAAGCAGCAGAUCUGCGAGGAGUGCGAGGGCACGGGCGCGGCCGACCGCGUGGUGCACACGUGCCACGCCUGCCACGGGCGCGGCGUGCGCAUGGUGCGGCAGCAGCUGGCGCCCGGGAUGAUCACGCAGGUGCAGAUGCAGUGUGACGCGUGUGGCGGGCGCGGCAAGACCAUCAAGCAGCCGUGCCCCGCGUGCCGCGGCGAGCGCGUGGUGCGCAAGCCGACGCCCGUGACGGUGACGGUGCAGCGCGGGAUGGCGGACGGGACGCGCAUCGCGUACGAGAACGAGGCGGACGAGAGCCCGGACUGGGUGGCGGGCGACCUGGUGGUGACGCUCGUGGAGAAGGAGCCGAGCCUGGAAGGGGACGGGGACGACACCAACACCAACCCGGACCACGUGGACGGCGCGUUCUUCCGGCGGAAGGGGGACGACCUGUUCUGGCGUGAGGUGCUCUCGCUGCGGGAGGCGCUGAUGGGCGACUGGACGCGGAACCUCACGCACCUGGACGGGCACGUGGUGCGGCUGGGCCGCCGGCGGGGCGAGGUGGUGCAGCCGAACCACGUCGACACGAUCCCCGGCGAGGGCAUGCCCAAGUGGCACGAGGAUGGCGACAGCGUGUACCACAAGACCGAGUUUGGCAACCUGUACGUCGAGUACGUCGUGGUACUGCCGGACCAGAUGGAGAGCGCCAUGGAGCAGGAGCUGUGGGCGCUGUUCCAGAAAUGGCGCGCGAAGAAGGGUGUGGACUUGCAUAAGGACAGCGGGAGACCUGAAAAGCCGGUUAUGCAUGAUGUGCAUGAGCAUGGGCAUGAGGAGUUAUGAUGGUAAAAAUAAACUGUGGAAAGGAUGUAGACUAGAGUCCUCAUAUAAACAAACCAUGCUACUGCCAUGGACAAAAUUUGGCCGUUUUGAAUAGAGAGCUUGAUAUCACGUAAAUUUUACCAGGAAUGAAAUAUGACAAAAGCAAACAAAUCAAACUACCUAUUU